AUGCCCGGAGCCGCCGUCGCUGCCGCCGCCGCCGCCGCGAUGCUCCCGGCUCAGGAGGCUGCCAAGCUGUACCACACCAACUAUGUGCGGAACUCGCGGGCCAUCGGCGUGCUGUGGGCCAUCUUCACCAUCUGCUUUGCCAUCGUCAACGUGGUGUGCUUCAUCCAGCCCUACUGGAUUGGCGACGGCGUGGACACCCCGCAAGCCGGCUAUUUCGGGCUCUUCCACUACUGCAUCGGCAACGGCUUCUCCCGGGAGCUGACCUGCAGGGGCAGCUUCACGGACUUCUCCACGCUGCCCUCGGGCGCCUUCAAAGCCGCCUCCUUCUUCAUCGGCCUCUCCAUGAUGCUCAUCAUCGCCUGCAUCGUUUGCUUCACCCUCUUCUUCUUCUGCAACACGGCUACGGUGUACAAGAUCUGUGCCUGGAUGCAGCUCACCUCCGCUGCCUGCCUUGUGCUUGGCUGUAUGAUUUUCCCUGAUGGCUGGGAUUCAGAUGAAGUCAAACGGAUGUGUGGAGAAAAGACAGACAAGUACACUCUUGGGGCGUGUUCAGUCCGCUGGGCAUACAUCCUGGCCAUUAUUGGGAUUUUGGAUGCCCUGAUCCUCUCAUUUCUGGCAUUUGUGCUUGGUAACCGACAAGACAGCUUGAUGGCAGAGGAACUGAAGGCAGAAAACAAAGACGACGGAAAUGCUUAAAGCAAACUAAGGUAGUGUGAGACCACACCAUUUCUGCUAAGCCAAUAUUCUCUAGAAUGAGCACAAAACAAAUCAAGUAACAGCUAAACAAAUCGAAUAAGAGCUUUUGUACAUCAACAUCAAGAAGGAAGACUCUUGGGAGAAAUCAGAGUACAGAGACGGAUCUGGACAAGAGUGAACCAUCUACUUGUCAAAGCACUUUCUAAAUCUGGACUGGCAGAGAUGGGAGUGAUUUUCUGGAAGGAGAUGUGAUAAUGGAUUAAACACCAGCUCAUUGGAAACUAUCACCGAAUAAGAUCAGACCGCAUUCAUGAGAAAUCACAUUCAGGAAAUAUUUUAAGGAAGAGGAGUAUAAAUGUGCUAGAAUUAACAUGUAAAAUAUAUAUGUACCGAGGUUUGUAAACUGUCCUUUUUUAAUCCAACGGAAAACAAAAAGCUUUAAUCUUUCAACCUUAUUUGAAAAAAGGCAGUCAAUCCUAAAUUAUUCCUAUCUCAAUAGCCAAGAGGCUUCUCAAGCAUCAUUCAUGGAGGAAGCAUCUUAGAAAAUGCCUCUGCGUGUUUUCACAUGAUCUUUGGUUCCCCAUCUCUGCCGUGUGUUUCUUUCACUGUGUAAUUAGUUACAACUGCUCAGUUAAGAGAUGUAACACUUCAAGCUUUUUACAGAGUCUGUGUUCAGUUUAAUCUGUCUGUACAAGUUAUUAAUGAGAAAGUGUUUUUGACAUAUACUAUAACUCCAUCGAGAUGUAUAUUACAGGAAGUACAUCUUAACAUCGUAAGUUCCCAAGCAACAUAGAUAUCCCUAUCUUCCAGGAAACAGUAUCAAGGAACUCUGAAAAAUAUAGAAAGCUCAUUUUCACCUUGGAUGCUCACAUGUAAUAUAUAGGCUGCUAUCAAAUAAAUACCUUUUUCUAAUUCUCCCUAGUAUAUGCAUAGGAAUUGAAUAUACUUCAUAAGAAGGCAUCUAAAAUCCCUCCUUUUUUUUCUAUUUCUUUGCCAUACAUGUCAUCAGAAAUCCAUAUCCUUUUUACCCUUACUAAUAGGUACUUGUUU